CCCAAGAUGACGACUCCAACAGUAGCCCGCCACAUCGUCAACUUCAUAACCGGCAACGCCGGUAAGCUUGGUGAGGUGAAGGCGAUCCUCAAGCCAGCGAUCCAAGUCGAGAACCAGGCCUUGGAUCUGCUCGAGAUUCAGGGUACUGUGGAGCAAGUGACGCUUGACAAGUGCCGACCGGCCGGCAGCUGACCUGGUAAGUUGAUAAACUUCGCUUAGAUAUAUAUGUCUCUGUACAAUACAAUCUUAAAUAGGCUAACGAAAACUUAAGAUGGAAAAUAGAAGAUGGAGAAUAUAAGAGGGAAGAUGGGAAGACGGGAAUAUUAUUCCAACGCUGUUUAAUGGACCGAGGUAUCCAAAUGCCUAAAUGCAUGACGCCCGCGCCAGAUAAAAUGUCAACCAAAUUGAUAGUACAAACAAAUUAGAUCUCUCAAUCUCGCAGCCUUCCUGCCCGAGGUGCUAGCCAACCCCAUUUCUCUACCUUGCAUCCUCCUCACACGCUGCUACACCACCCUGUUCACCGAGCCCCCCCAUCCCGU